AUAGUAGAACUGAAUUGGGCAUGCACUGACACGGUUUUGUAAACGGACUCAGGCGCAGACCAGGAGACCUUUGCAGAAACUGAUAGUGCGUUUAUUUACAGUGGUGUCACCGGGUGAUUAUAUAUAUACAAGGUGCUCGGGGAAGGGGUCCGGGGCUCCAGGGGGGGAAGGGUCCAAAACCACACUCCGCUCUUUCAACCAACAAUCCCACUCUUUUCCACUCCAGUCGCUCCUCUCGCUCACUCGGGGGUACAAGGACGGGUCCGGGGGGGAAUCUACGCACACACACAAAAAAUCCAAUUAGCACUAGAUCACAAGGAAACUCACAGACUAGGCAGAUUGCUGAAGCACUAACGCAGGUGACUCAACGUUCCAGCGAGGAGUAGUGUAGAUCUGCCAUCUUAAAAAGCCCUUCUGAUUGUAGUAACCAGCGCCAGGUGUGAUGAUGAGCACAGGUGUGUGGGCCAGGGGCGGAGCCCACAGUGAGCACCACUGUGGCCGGGGAAAGAGGGAGAGAGAGAGAGCACAAGAACAAAACACAUGUUGCCUAACACGGAAUCAGCCGGUAAGGCACGGGGACCGUGACAUGUACAGGAUGAAUCACAUCAUUUGAAACUUAGCCCUGAUUGGAGAAAUUGGAAGUGUUAUAACUGACCCACGUUACAACUAUCCCCGGUCUCCCCUACAUCUGGGAUUUUUGUCUUUUGUUAAUGUGCUUUGGUGCUUUCGAGUUCACUCAUGGAUUCACUCAUGCUAUUUCGUAUUCAUAGAAUGUAUUCACUUGGUACAACACACUAGAUUUGGGGGUGACUGACUGAUCUCUUGUAGGUUUUCUUUCCUGUACCUUUGUCCUCUAAGGUGUAUGACGUCAUUUCACUGAGUAAAUGUUCUGGGUUGCAUUGGCUGAUAAUAAUAUUUGUUCAUCACCUGAUCUAACCUGAUUUUGAGUUCCUACGUUCCUCCUUAUUGCAUUAUGAAAAGUGAUGUAUAAAUAUGUAUGUAAUCAUUUUUCACAGGAAUCUGUCCCAAUCCAUCUAACCUUUGUCACACUGCUUUAGAAUUUAAUGAACAACACGUUUAGCAAACUGGAAAUUCAGUGAAACAAACAGAGCCCUUCUGUCGGAGUUUCUCACCUUCAGACUGACUGCCUUAAAUGAGCACAGCAAGUUUCCUGUUUGAGGCUGAAUAGCAGAGAGUGGCAGAGCAAUUUAGGUUGCGGUCAAAAGAUGGACUUGAGAACAGAGACAGACUGGGCCAUCACAAACACAGUGAAGCAGCAUCCAUCUGGCCAGCUGCUGCGUUUCAGAGGUUGAAAGGCCAAAGGUGACUUAUCGGAUGCUGUAAAGUGACUGCUGUCUUCAUGGCGGUCGCUCAUCUGCUUAGACUGCUGAGCUUGAUGACUGUUCUCCAGCAGGUGAACGGGUUCAGCAUUAGAGUACCCAAAACAGUUGUUGCUGUUGAAGGGACCUGUGUUAUGGUGCCAUGUCAGACAGACCCUUACGAACGAGUCAACUGGUACCAGUACCAUAAUCUAAAGUAUCCUAUUGUUUAUGAUGGAUUUUAUACUCAUAACGUGGAACAGAAGUUCAGAGGACGCACCAAAGUAUUGGGCAAAGCUGCAGAGGGAAACUGCACCCUGACGAUUGACAAUGUGAGCACAGCUGACCAUAACCUACGUGUUUAUGUGUGGAUCAAUCCAGACUCUCAGACAACUCAGAAAUUCCAUGAUCAAACUGUAACUAUCAGUGUUGAAAGAAAAGCUCCCGUAAUCUAUAUUCAGAAGCAAAUAGUGGAAGGGGAGAUUUUCCAGGCCAACUGUAGCAUAAUCUACUCUUGCCCUUCCUUACCUCCAUCCCUUCAAUGGAACUUAAACACAUUUCUGGAAAACUACACUUUCAUGGAUUUCCACAUGGAAGUGCAUGGCCAAUGGUUCUACAAAAAGACACUGCGUGGAGUAGCAACCUAUCUGAUGAAUAACAGCAGGAUUAGCUGUUCUGCUAAGUUUAAAACCUUUACCAUGGGAAGUCAACAAAUGACACUCAACAUUUCAUACAAGCCUGUCACUGUUAGAGUGAAAAAGGAAAAGAAAGUUGUGGCGGAAGGUGACAGCAUCAUGAUUGAGUGUGUUGCUAAUAGUAACCCCCCACCACACAAAUACCUUUGGUUUAUAAGACAAUUAGACCAGCACAAGAUAGAAAAUUCAACUCAGAGUAAAAAGCAUUUCAGCAACAUUGUACGAGAUACAUCUCUGUCCUGCAUGGCUCAAAAUGCCCUUGGAGUGCAGCAGUCCAUCUGGGUGGAUCUGGAUGUUCAGUAUUCACCUAAAAACAUCACAGUUUCAGUCAGUCCUUCUGGUCCAGUACCAGAGAACAGCAACGUGACUCUGACCUGCAGCAGUAAUGCCAACCCAGCAGUAGAAAACUACAUGUGGUACAGAGCUGAUGGAGACCAGGAGAAUUUUAUUGGGACAGGAACCAGUUUAAAUAUUAAAGUCUCCAGAGACAGAAGAAGAUUUUUCUGCAAGGCUGAAAAUCAGAUCGGAGUUGGACGUUCUAACCCGACUCACCUUGAUGUUCAGUAUUGUGAAACACAUUGUGGAUUUUACAGUGGAGUCCUUCCUUGGGUCCUUGCUGGUGUGUUUUUCAGUGUCAGUGUGAUCUGUGCAGCUUUCCUUUGGAAAGUACAAAAGAAUGUGAAGCCACAAGAAGAGGACAGAACUUACAUGUCGCUGAAUCGUAGAAAUGUCGGCUCUUCAGAGUAUGAUGUCAUUAACACAGCUCCAAAGUGACCUUCACUGAUUCUUCAGGAUCUAUCCAUCUAUCUAUCUAUCUAUCUAUCUAUCUAUCUAUCUAUCUAUCUAUCUAUCUAUCUAUCUAUCUAUCUAUCUAUCUAUCUAUCUAUCUAUCUAUCUAUCUAUCUAUCUAUCUAUCUAUCUAUCUAUCUAUCUAAUUUUGUUUUAUUUUGUGUUUCUAGAUAAAUAAUUCUCAGUCACACUUCUCUUUAUUGAAGUGCAUUUAAUAGCCACUGAGCGCUUAUAUAUCAGUUUUCAUCAAAGGGUGCUGGACCUGCUCAAUUUAGUGUGAUUGAGCAAAUCCAGUAGAAAAUGCUUCCUAAAGCUUUGAUACUGACUAUAAUCCUGUUUGUUGAUAAUGUAAAUUUAUAUUAAACUUCACAGGUUAUAGUUUUUUUCUUUGUUUUGUUUUUUGAUAAUAUGUUCAUUUUGAAUUCGAUGUGAAAAAGCUGGGGCAGGGACAUGUUUAUCAGUAGGUUACAUAAGCUUUUAAUAGCACGGUUCAAGAAAUAGAGACAUUGAUGAUCUACACAGCUGCUCUUUUCUAUGUUUAACCUCCUAGGACCUGGCAUCCACAUAUGUGGACAUCACAUUUUGGGUUAUUUAGACCAAAAUACUCAAUUCUGCUCUACAAGGGCCUGAUAUCCACUUACGAGGACAUUAUU